UGUAAAAAAAAUAACACCUAGCAGAGUGGAAAGGAUCGGGGGAAAACACAUUUUUCUUAUUUCAGCGAAGCCUGUCACGCACGCUGACAGUAUCAAAGAAUAGCUGGAAGACUUUUUGUGGUGGUUCUUAUCAGUGAAGAUGUUAGCUGUUCAUCUCAUUUCCUUCUUUUUCUCCAAACUCCAGGAGGACCCCACAAAGAAGGUCGACAGGUUUCUGCAUGCAAUGCGCCUCCAUGACGACCAGUUAAUUGAUAUCUCAGCUCGUUUCCAGGCUGAAAUGAAGAAGGGGCUCUCAGCUGAAAGUUCGGCCGCCGCAGCUGUAAAAAUGCUGCCGACACAUGUCCGCUCCACUCCUGAUGGCUCAGAGAAGGGACAGUUUCUGGCACUGGAUCUUGGAGGCUCCAAGUUUAAGGUGCUCCAGGUUAAGGUGAGAGAGGGGAUGGGGGUCAGGAAGGGAGGAGUGGAGAUGGAGGAGAAGAUCUACCCUAUAUCAAAGGAGCUGCUCAAUGGGAGAGCACCAGAGUUAUUUGACCAUGUGUCAAAAUCUCUGAAGGACUUUCUUCAUGUAAAGAACAUCAGUCUGGAGAAGAAACAUCCUCUGGCAUUCACUUUUUCUUUCCCCUGCGAACAGACCCGCUUGGAUAAGGGAUUACUGUUGAGCUGGAGUAAGAACUGCCGGGCUCGAGGCCUUCAGGGGAAAGAUGUGGUCCAGGCUCUCAGAGAGGCUAUUGACAGAACUGGGGGAAUGGACAUAGAAGUGUUAGCGAUGGUUAAUGAUACUGUGGCGACAAUGAUGACCUGUGGUUUUGAUGAUCAGUACUGCGAUGUAGGACUCAUCAUUGGCACAGGCACCAACGUGUGUUACAUGGAGGAGCUGCGUCAUGUUGACCUGGUGGAGGGAGACGAGGGCAGGAUGUGUGUGAACACUGAGUGGGGAGGCUUUGGGGACGAUGGGGCCCUGAAUGAUUACAUAACAGAGUUUGACCAGGAUGUUGAUGCAACCUCUAUCAAUCCUGGAAAACAAAUCUUUGAGAAGAUGGUCAGUGGGAUGUAUCUGGGUGAACUAGUGAGGCUGGUUGUAUUAAAGAUGACUAAACUGGGACAGCUGUUUGAUGGACUCGUGUCUGAUGCCCUGAUGACCAAAGGGAAGAUAACCACAGCACACGUGGCAGCCAUGGAGGAGUACAAAAAUGGUCUGAAGAACACCAGAGAUAUUCUCGUGGAGCUUGGUUUGAACCCAUCACAAGAUGACUGCAUUGCUGUUCAACACGUCAGCACCAUCGUGUCCUUCAGGUCCUCCAAUCUGGUGGCCGCAGGGCUGGCUGCCAUCUUAACCCGAAUCAAGCAAAACCGGCAUUUGAGGGCAUUGAGGAUCACUGUGGGAGUGGACGGAACGGUGUACAAGACACAUCCGCAGUAUCCUAAACGUCUCCAUAAGGUGGUGCGCCGGUUGCUUCCCGAGUGCCAGGUUCGAUUCGUCCUCUCGGACAGCGGCAGCAGCAAAGGGGCUGCCUUGGUAACAGCAGUCGCCCAACGCUUGGCAUCACGGAAGAGACAGGUGGAUGAGACACUGGCUCCCUUCAAACUGAGUCAAGAGCAGCUCCAGUUGGUCAAGGCCACAAUGAGAGCAGGGCUGGAGGCAGGGCUAAAGAACAAAGGCCCCUCAGCAGUUAAGAUGCUGCCCUCUUACGUUUACCAUACACCUGAUGGCACAGAGCAUGGAAAAUAUCUUGCUUUGGAUCUGGGAGGAACCAACUUCAGAGCUAUGCUGGUUAAAUUCAAGAAAGGCCUUCAAAACAACACACGGCUUUACCAUAAAAUCUACACCGUGCCGCUGGAGAUAAUGCAGGGAACAGGAGAAGAGCUGUUUGAUCAUUUAGCACAAUACGUGAGUGACUUCCUGGACUACAUGGGGAUGAAGAAAGCACAUCUUCCAGCAGGCUUCACCUUCUCUUUCCCCUGUGAGCAGACGGCCAUUGACACGGGUAUCCUGGUCAGCUGGACCAAAGGCUUCAAGGCCACAGACUGUGAAGGACAUGAUGUUGUUAACUUGCUACGGGAGGCCAUCAAAAGACGUAACGAGUAUGACUUGGACAUAGUAGCAGUGGUCAAUGACACAGUUGGGACAAUGAUGAGCUGUGCCUAUGAAGACCCUCAGUGUGAAGUUGGACUGAUUGCAGGAACUGGGUCAAAUGCUUGUUACAUGGAGGAACUCAAGAACAUUGAGAAGAUUAGACAAAAGAAACAGAAAACAGAAGGAGACGAGGAGACACCUGAAGCAGUGGAGGACAAGCAGGAUGAUGGGUCAAAAGGAGAUAAGAAGGCGGAGACUUCUGAGACAUCAAGGAUGUGUAUAAACACAGAGUGGGGGGGUCUGGGUGAUGAUGGAUCCCUGGAUGACAUCAUCACACCUUUUGAUGCUGAGGUGGACCACAACUCAGUAAACCCUGGAAAACAAAGGUUUGAAAAGCUCACCAGUGGGAUGUAUUUAGGUGAAAUUGUCCGAGAGGUAUUACUGGAUCUAACAAGAGGAGGUUUGCUGUUCAGAGGACGCGUCACCGAAACCUUAAAAACACCUGGAAUAUUCCAAACUAAAUAUCUGUCACAAAUAGAGAGUGACCGUUUGGCUCUACUGCAAGUCAGAUCUAUUCUCCAGCACCUGGGGCUCGACAGUACCUGUGAUGACAGCAUCAUUGUCAAAGAGGUAUGUGGAGCGGUAUCGCGCCGAGCAGCAGAGCUGUGUGGGGCAGGCAUGGCAGCCGUGGUAGAUAAGAUCAGAGAGAACCGAGGACUGGACCAUCUGAACGUCACUGUAGGGGUUGAUGGUGCACUCUACAAACUACACCCACAUUUUUCUGGAAUCCUUCAAGAGACUACCAGAGUUUUGGCUCCUCAGUGUAACGUGACCUUCUUGCCAUCAGAGGAAGGCAGCGGGAAAGGUGCUGCCCUGAUUACUGCUGUGGCCAGGCAGAAGUGAGAUCGUUGACUUCACACACCUGGAAAAAAAAAGAUGUCCGAAGAUGUUUUUUCACUUUUUUUCAUUUAGUUGCACUGCAGUUUCUUUGUUUUUGUUUUUUUUGCACUACCAAAAUUCUGUAUUGGCCUAAGAAAGUGUCAGACUGUGUGGAUGGAAGAUGGAAGCAUUGCUGUCUGUGAUUAAAUCACUGUUUGUAAUAAAUUUUAAAAGAACUGUAAUUGGUUUUAAUUGACUUUUAUAUUAAGGGUGUGUCAGUCAACACUCUGACACUAUGUUUGCUUCAGCUUAGUUAACUUAAUCCAUGUUAGUUAAGUUAAAUUGAAGAAAACUUCUUCUAUUAUCUUUACUGCUCACAAAUAACAUAAA